AUGGCCCGCUUCCGCUCAAAACUCACACUCGUCCUCGGCCUGUGCCUGGCUUUGGCACUCACAAAGACCGCCCACACCGCCGCCGUCGACGAACGGCCCUCUGUCAUCUGUCGCGAGGGCGCCUGCUACCCCCGAGUCUUCCGCCCCACCACAGAGUUCCAAGAAGUCCUCGAAGGCCAGGAGAUUCCUACAGGCCUUCAUGUACAAAUGGACUUUGAGACACACAAAAAGUUUGCAAAACUCAUGGACCCCAACGACAUCCAACAAAAACCCGCCACAGACUCCAUCCUCGUCGUCGACACCGACACCCCAGGAACCUUCCAACACCAAGUCGGUCAAAACAACAAUAUGCCCCCCGUCAUUGACCUUCUCCAAACAGACCAGGAAGCAGAUAUUGCGCAAUUGGAAGAGAGCAGUCGUAUGAACCUCCAGACCGCCUUUGAUUCCAUUACUGAACUCCAACAACACCACCAAGAAGCUCAGGACCGAGAGCUUGCUGCUCCUGCUGUUGCUCCUGCUGCUGGUGCCCGGAAGAGCGACCACCAGAUCUAUCAGGAGCUGCUCGGGACCUUAAAGACCAACCAGAACAAUGUCGAGAUUGCACAGGCAUUGGAGGGGCUGGCCGAUCUGGCGAGUGACAUGGAUUUCGGACUCCAACUGUCCGAAGGCGAGGGGUUGAGGACUUUGGUCAAGCAUGUUCGCUGCUCUUCUGGGGAUCGGAUCGUUUGUGAUGACCAGCGCCGUGUCCGAUCCGUCGCCGCCCUCGUCAUUGGCACCUCACUCCAGAACCACGCAAAGGCACAAGAAGCAGCAUACAAACACAACCUCCACAAAGUCCUCCUACGCCAACUCGAGAUCGAAACCGACUCCCAAGUCCUCCGCCGCCUCAUCUUUGCCUACUCCUCCCUCGUUCGUGGAUCCCAACACCAAAACGCCCUCAUCCAGGACGACGAUAUCGAACGCCUUGCGCAGAUCUAUAACAAGUCGACCGACUCUGUCUUCCGCCGCAAGUGUGUCUACCUCAUGUCUGAUUUCGCCGACCCCGAUAUGCAGUUCAUUCCCUCCACCAACGAUACCGCCGCUGAUGCCGCUGAUAGUAAGACUGCCGACUCUGCUGUUGUUGUGGAGGAGGGGGACGCGGCUGUUGCUGUGACACCUACCAAUGUCGGACCAUGGUGCGAGACCCUUCAAGAGAACAAGACGACUCAGGACGGAGAGGAUCAGGACGAUUGGGAGAUUAUUGACCGCGCCGUCGAGCUCUUGCACGCCUCUUAUCCCGACACCUGUAUCCUCACCGGCGUCCGCUCCAAGGAUGAGCUGUAA